AUGCCUCACUGUUGUGAGUGUCCUCUGCGACUCGAAAAGAGCUUUGUUUUGGAUGGGGUGGCAGUGAGCACAAUGGCUCGGGCCUACGGCCUCACGAGGCCCAAGCUGUGGUCCGCAAUUCCACCUUACAAUCCACAACUUGACUACCACACUCGUAGGUACUUCCGAAGCCACGUAGUUCAGCCCGUCUUGCGCAAAACGGAUCAGGAUCAUGGAGGUACAGGAAGGGACGGCUGGAUAGUGGAUUAUUACCACAUCUUUGGUCAAGGACAGAGAUAUCUGAACAGGAGGAACUGGGCAGGGGCAGGGCAUUCCCUCCAGCAGGUCAGUGGACAUGAUUACUACAAUGCCAAUCCGAAGAAGAUAACUACGGGCUUGUACGGUCGAUUUGGCUACCGCCGGAACACUCCAGCCCUCCGCCAGCGCCCAUCAGUGUUUGGGGAAGUCACCCCAUUCCCUAUUUUCUGAAGACACUGCUUCACAGGCCUUGACAUGA